AUGUUGCAGCAUCCGAAUACGGUGCCUACCUACGAGCUGGGACGCGAUCGCGCCGGUAACUAUUACUUCACCAUGAAACUGGUACACGGAUACACACUCCGGGAGAUUCUGGAUUUUCGCGAACGAUACGACUUAACUCAAUUGGUGGAUGUCAUCGUGCAGAUCUGCCAUGCGUUGGAAUAUGCGCAUACCCAUGGUGUUGUGCACCGAGACAUCAAGCCUGAGAACAUACUGGUUGGCCCCUAUGGUGAGGUGCUGUUGCUGGAUUGGGGUCUGGCCAAAGUCUGGAAUGCUGACGGAUCCACCAACACAGAAGCUACGCAGAUUGAUCUAGACCCUGCAGCUAACCCCUCGUUAACGUCCAGAGGUGCGUUACAGGGCACAGCGUCUUACAUGUCGCCGGAGCAGAUUCAGAGAGACCCGAAUAUUGAUGCGCGUACAGAUGUGUACAGCAUCGGCGCGGUGCUUUACGAAAUUCUUUGCGGUUCGACAACCUCCGGUCUUGAUCAGGUUGACAAGAUCGUCAACGCUACACUUUAUGACGAACCACCCAAACCCUCAACGGUGAGUGACAUACAUGUGCCUUCGCUGUUGGAGUAUGCCUGUAUGCAGUGCCUGCAGAAGAACCCUGAUAACCGUCUGGCCUCCAUUGCCGAAUUGCUGCGGUUAUUGCAGGAAGACUGGCAAACCGACCUGAUCCUGAUUGUGAUUCUGGUGCUCAUCCUGAUGGCGGGUGGCGGUUACCUUUACACCCAGAUUCGUGCGCUGGAGGUUGAGCAACUCAGUGAUGACCUCUGGGUGUUGCGUGGUUUUGGCGGCAACACGGCGGUGCUUAAAACCCGGGCAGGUACGGUGGUUGUGGAUACCAUGACCUUUGGCAUUCAAGGCGAUCAUAUCCGUGAAACAGCUCGUGAGCUGACAGGUAUGCCAACGGUGAUGGUUAUCAACACGCAUUACCACCUCGAUCAUACCCACGGGAAUCCUGCAUUCGAGCCAGGCACCCGGGUCCUGUCUACCGAACGCACGCUGAAGUAUUUACUCACGGUGGAUGCAGAUUUCUGGCAGGGUGGGGCUGCUGAACUGAUGCCCAACGAGACAUUUUCAGAUCGGCAGACAUUGUUUGUUGGCGAUAAAAAAAUUGAUCUGGUCCACCCUGGUCCAGGGCAUACCGAUGGUGACCUGGUGGUGAUCUUUGUGGAUGAAGGUGUGGCUCAUCUGGGUGAUCUUUUCUUUAAUGGGCACUAUCCGAAUAUUGACCUCGAGGCUGGGGGUACCGUGCAGAGUUGGCCGGAGACUCUGGAUAAGGUGCUGGCGUUGAACUUUGACCGGGCUAUUCCCGGCCAUGGUGCAACUACGGACCGAAAUGGCAUUCGCGAUUUUCAGCGCUUUCUGCAGCAGUUGGGUGAUAUUGGUAAACAGGCGGCUGCUGAAAACUGGACGUUGGAUCAGGUCAGGUCAACCCAGGCACUUACCGAGGAUGCCGGUUAUGAGCCCAUUGAGUUUAUUGUCUCCCUGGGUCUCGACCGCGGCUUUGUGCUGCAACGGGCCUGGGAAGAGACCACCGGGCAAUUUGUCAGGUCCAUCGCUAUCUGCAGCAGCUUCGUUCAUAGCAUCCGCUUCGAGCACCCGUGCACCGCGCAAGAUGCCGCCAAGGGCAUAGUUGCCUUCAUGGCAGGCGUACUCAUAAACCUUAUCUUCGGUGGCCGGCCAGGGAUACUCGCCGCCCCAGGGCUCCACCCAGUUAGGAUCAUCGACGGUGAACGCGUAACGCAGUGUGUUCUCAUCGAUGCGGCUGAAUCGUUCAGAGUCGGGCAGGUGAUCUGCGUCUAUGCGCACUACGCGGGCAUCGUGGUUCAUUUCGUUAAAAAUGAUGACGUGGUCGUCUGUCUGCACGAUACAACGCUCGGCCAGUGGACGAUUCUCGGGAUUGUCGUAUGGUCCCACACCUUUUUCUAUCCACCAGGCAGUGCCGGUGUUUUCAUGAAAGUUGGCCCGCUGUGCCAUGGCUUUCUGCAUGCCCUGAGGAGACAGCUUCGGCAGACGACCGUUGGCAGGCUGAUUGAUGAUGGACGUUCGAUACAGGCCAUCCAGGAGGAAUUUACUGUCGCCGAUAUCUACAUAAAAUGCGUUGUAUCCACCGACGCCGCCUGCAGCACCGGAAAACUCCGGUAUGUAAAUUUCUGUGCCGCCUUCCGGGGGUGCUUCCCGGUCAGGGUCGCUUUUCUCAUCGUCUUUGGCCAGAUUGUCAGCCCAGUACUUUGCUGUCGCUUUUGCUUCUUCUUCGGUGACAAAGGCGCGGUCUCCGAAUUCUUCGGGGCGUUGCAGCGGGGUGAGCGUUGCGAUGUUGUAAGCUCGGAAUAUUUGCAAUUUGAACUAGGCUUAGCGAGGUUGUGGUUGGUAGCUGUAUGCCUUCUGGCAGGGCCACACCUGUACGCUGAUCUGGUGGCGGAGUACCGCCUUGAUGCGCAACAGUGGAAUGGUACGCCGGGCGAGGUGAUUGACAGCUCUGGAAACGGCUUCGCCGGACGCGCGCGUAACACCAGUCCGGUUACCGGUUUGCUGUGUAAUGCCGCCGACCUGAGCGAUGGUGGCACCGCAGAUUAUCUGGAUCUGGAUCAUCGUGCGCUGGACGGUUUGCGUGAUUUCACCCUCAUGCUCUGGUACCGCUCCACAAAUAGCGACCGUUCGCUGUUGCUGAGCGCCGCGAAUGCCCGUGAAGAAAAAGAACUGUACUGGAUGACCCGGCGCGGGGAUCGUUUCGAACCGCAACUUUUUGAUGACAGUGAUGGCCGUAUAGACAUAGAGGAUAUUGAUGAUGGCGCCUGGCAUCACCUGGCCUGGACGCGUAUAGGUUCACGCAACUGUUUUUAUGUUGACGGGCAGCAGCAGGACUGCAACCAGUUGCCACAAGGGGCGCUGAAUGUCGACUUUACUGGAUUCAUCGUCGGUCAGGAGCAGGAUGAUAUUGGCUACGACUUCCGUAACAACAGGGGUGUCGAGGGUCUUGUCGAUGAACUCUAUGUGUUCGACGAAGGUCUUUCUGGUGAGGCGAUCGAAAGUAUUCGUGCGAAUAACGUAGCGGGCAACAGCUGGAAUGGUGCGCCUCGUCGCUGUGCCCGGGUUGAGCCGAGAGCGGCCUACUUUUUUGAUGAACCGAGCUGGUCCGGUGUCGCAGAUGAAGUGCGCGACAGCAGUGGCAACGGUUACGAUGGUAUCGCCAUCAACAGCACAACGACGCAGGGCCUGCUUUGCCGAGCGGCUGACUUGUCUGCAACAGAUACGUCGGACUAUCUGAGUCUGGAUUUUCAAGCGCUUAACGGCGUGCGCGAUUUCUCGAUAGGUUUCUGGGCGCGUACCUCAAAUUCAGCCAACAAAGCGUUUGUUUCCGGUGCACGUUCCGGUCAGGCAAAUGAGCUGAUUUUCUGGUUUAGCAGCGCGACCCGUUUUCGCCCGCAUAUAGAAAAUAAUAAUCGAGACGUUGUGGUACCAAACGUCUGGGAUAAUACCUGGCACCACUGGAUGUGGGUGCGCAAUGGGGCGUCAAACUGCAUCUAUCUGGACGGCACCCUACGUGGCUGCGUCAACUUGAUCACAAACUCUAUCGAUCUGGAUCCGCGAGGUCUGGUGAUUGGCCAGGAGCAGGAUUCUGUAGGCGGCAGGUUUGUUGCUUCCCAGAGUGUGCGCGGGGAAAUGGAUGAGCUGCUGAUCUUUGACCAAGCGCUCACCGCGUCCCAAGUUGCUGACAUAGUGGUUAACAAUCGCGACGGUUUGAGUUGGGAUGGCAGUGUGCGUUCAUGUCCCACGGUGGGUGCCAAUAUACUUCAGGUUGUCCAUGACGGAAACGGUAUUUACUGUAGUAGCGAGCGGAUUGGGGUGCGUGCCAUCAACGCCUCUGGCGACGUCGUUAGUGGGUAUGCGACCACAGUCACGCUGGAUACAGGUAGCGGCAGAGGCAACUGGGCGUUGGCUACCGGGGCCGGUACCUUAGUGGACGCAGUCGCUGAUGAUGGUCUUGCCACCUACAGCUUCAGCCCUGCUGAUAGUGGCGAAGCCUGGUUCGCGUUGAGCUAUCCCGACGGCCCUGCGGUGCUCGAUAUUGACGUUUUCGAAUCUGCGGAUCCCAACGUCCGUGAUACAGAUGCCGAAGGCACACUGAUCUUCUCUCCCACGGGUUUCACCGUCACCGCAAACCCGCUGUCUAACCCACCGGUCAGUCCGGUGUCUGAUCCUCUGUUAAGACAAACCGCAGGCACCGACUUUGAUAUUCAUCUAACGGCUUUUGGCACCACUGAAGAUGAUCCUGUAUGUGGCGUGAUCGAAGACUAUGAAGGUGUGCAGGCUGUGCAGAUCUGGCAGGAUCUGGUGGAUCCGCUUGCAGGAUCCGUUCGGGCGCUUGUUAAUGCCAGCCCUGUGGGAGUAAAUGCAGCUUCACCUGUGGUGCAGAAUAUUCUGUUCAGCGCAGGUCAGGCGGUUGUGUCAGCGAAGUACAAAGAUGUCGGGCGGCUGCGCCUGAAUUUUCAAGCCGGCAGUCUGACUGGGGCAACGGAUAGUUUUGUCAGCCCACCUGCGGAUCUUUCCAUCAGGCGGAUUGAAUCAUCUGCUGGUAUCCCCAAUCCCAGAGCUGACAGUCUUGCUGGUGCAGGGUUUGUCGCUGCAGGUGAGCCUUUCCGGAUAACUGUGGCCGCACUGGACGCUGAAUCUGAUCCAACACCUAACUAUGGUAAUGAGCUGGCCAGCGAGGGUAUUCGGGUGUCCGCGGUUGACUUGUUGCUGCCCGCCGGGGGGCGUCUUGGUCCUGCAGACGACGGUGUGCUGAACAAUGGUGACAGUUUUUCCCCAGCGGCUCCGCUGGGUUACUUCCUCAACAGUGAUAUUGCCUUUGACGAGGUAGGCAGUAUCACGCUGCAGGCCGAGGUUGGCGAUGGCAGCUAUAUGGACACUGGCAACGUUGUGGGCGGGCUCGCAGGUCCAGUGGGACGCUUCUAUCCGCAUCAUUUUGAGCUGCUUAACGCAACAGUGGAUACCCAGUGUUCAGGGUUUGCUUAUAUGUCAGCGCCGUCCGUUUCACUCACCGCUGAGAUCUAUGCGCGAAAUCAAAGUGGGUUCACAGUUGAAAAUUAUGAUGCGGUGCUGUUCAGUAAUGGGCUUGCACCGGUAGGUUUUGUCGCUGAGUUUCAGGAUAACGGUAUUGACCUGGGAUCCCGUUUAACCAUUGCUACUGCGCAAUGGCAGUCUGGUAGAUAUAAUGUGUUAGACACUGGCGCUGCCUUUGAGCGUCUGGGUGUCGCUGACGGCCCGUAUGAGCUGAUGGCAGUAGGUGUUUCAGUUAACGACACGACUGACACGCGCCAGCUUAUGGGGUUGGACAUGAAUGCUCAGGCUUCAGGCUUUUGUGCGCUGGGUGCUACCUGUAAUGCGCAACGCAUUGGCACCCUCAGUGCAUAUUUUGGGCGUAUGGUGAUUUUACCCAGCCAGGGCCCGGAAGAUCAGGAUCUGGAUAUCCGGUGGGUGAAACAGCUGUGUUGGGGCCGCUUGGCGCAACGCCUCUGGUAG